UUGUGACCGACAUCCCGCUCGUUGCCGAGUGCCCAUCAUUGCCUCGAUGCACGCACUUCGCGCCUUCUGCUGCGCAUCGCUUGUAGCCGCUAGCGCCGCCACGUCAUUCUAUCGGCAAGAGCUGCCGAUGCACCGGCGCCUAGCGACGUCGAGCGUCGAGCUGAUCAACCACGGCAGCACGCAGUACUUGGUCAACGUCGCCAUCGAGGGCAAGUCGUACACGGUACAGAUCGACACUGGCUCGGCCGACCUCUGGGUCACCUGUGACUACAUCUCGUCUUCGGCGUGCGUGAGCCCUUGCCCGUCGACGGCCAUCACCAUCACGUACGGCAGCGGCAGCGCGUGCGUCGUGCCACAGAAUGGGUCCGUCGUGAUCGGCAGCGUCGCCGUCUCGAACGGCGUCUACGGCAUUGCCAUGACGAGCAGCCUUCCCACCAACGUGAGCCAAGGCAUCUUGGGGCUGGCGUUCCCCGGCCUCUCGUCGUACCGGUCGCUGGCCAACACGUCGUCGUACGCUGUCUUCCAUCUCGACAGCUUUAGCAUGUACUUGACGCCUCAAGCCGACGCGCCAGGCUCCAAGCUCGUGCUGAACGGUGUCGACGACGCCAUGGUCGCCAAAGACAACCUCGUCGGGUACACGAUCCCGCUCGCGACCGGCGAACAAGACUACUGGAACAUCAACGUCUCGCAGUUCAGCGUGGAAGGCGGCAGUGUUCCGUGGAAUCUCAAACCGUGCAAGAACGGCGGCUGCCUCGCGAUUGUUGACUCGGGCACGUCGUUCUUGGCGAUGCCGAAAGCUGUCUUCCAGCCCUUUGUCGCCACGUACCUUCUGCCCCACAACUGCGUGUUCCGAGGGGAUUACUACACGUGCCCAAGCACGAUUGCGCUCCCACGCCUCGCGUUCGCGUUCGGCGACAGCGCGACGCUGUUUUACCUCAAUCCGUGGGACUACUCGCUCGUCUUCUCGCCGACCGAGAUCAUUGUGCAGCUCCAAGCGACGCCAUCCGGCCGCCUCGUGGACCGCUGGAUCAUUGGCGACACCUUUCUCAAGGUCUACUACACGACAUACAAGGUGUCGGAGAAGGCGGUCGUCUUCUACUGCAAAAGUGGCAACUGCGCCGGUGGCGACAACCUCCUCGACUUUUCAGCGGGCAUGCCGACCUGGGCGCUCAUUCUGAUCAUUGCGGGUGGGUGCCUUGUCGGACUCGGCCUCCUCGGGCUGGUCGCGUGGUGUCACUACUACCGGCGCCGCACCGGCGCGUCGAAGCGACCGUGUCAAUCGGUGUGGGUCGUCGACGACAACUCGUCGUCCGAGGAGACGGGUGCAUCCCACGCCUACGGCGCCGCCACAAGGUAGUCGCAAUGUGUCUGAGCUCAAAAUACACACUAUUUCGCGCGAG